UAUGCUGAUACUGAUUUUAUCUGGUUUCUCGAUCACACUGAUGGAGUAUCAUUUCAGCAUAAAGAAUCACCUACAGAAGAUGUAUAUCUGCUGGAACAAUCAAGUGGAAGAACCUCAGCUCUCAGCCUGGUUUACCCCUGAAAAGCGUCCUGAUGUUAUAACAACAACAGACUGGCUCGCUCCAGUCAUAUGGGAUGGAACUUACAAUAGACGGAUCUUGGACGAGUACUACGAGAAGCUGAACAUUACCAUAGGUCUAGCUGUCUGUGGCUACGGAAAAUUGAGAGAUCUGUAUCUGAAACCAUUUUUAGACUCUGCCGAUAAGCACUUUAUGGUUGGCCACAGAGUUAUCAUUUACAUCCUGACCGAUGACUUCAACAAGCUGCCUUACGUAGAGCUGGGCCCGCGCCGAACUUUUAAAGUACUCCCUCUGCUCCAGCCCGAGGUGUGGCAAGCCUCUCCUCUCAACUGUCUGAGCAGUUUGUAUGCACACCUGCAAGAUGACGUCCACCAUGAAGUCAACUUUCUUUUCGCCAUGGCUGUAUAUCAGAUAUUCAAAUAUGACUUUGGGGUAGAAACCCUGGGCAGGUCUGUAGCGCAACUUCACGCGUGGUGGUAUUUUAAAAAACCUCAUGAUUUUCCAUAUGAGAAAAGAGCUACGUCAGCAGCUUUCAUCCCCUUCGGAAAGGGAGAUUUCUACUACCACCACGCCAUUGUGGGUGGUACGCCCCUCGAGGUGUCAUCCGUCAUCAAACAGUACAGGGAAGGAAAAGCGCAUGAUGCUGCAAAUAAGCUCACCAGUAUAUAUGAAAGCUACCUAAACAAAUACUUUUUUUUCAAUAAGCCCACCAAGCUGUUGUCGCCAGAAUACAACUGGGAUCCAAAUAUUAAAACUCCUCCACAAAUUAAAUGUGUUAAGAUAGCGUGGCAAUGUCUUGAUGGUUGUACGACUCCAUUUAUAGGUGAGCAAGUGGAGCACAGUAAUUUCUCAAGUGAAAAUUGA